CUUGAACUUUCAUCAGUCAGUAAUCUCUUGUGCAUCAAUUAAUCAGUGAUCUACUCUAUACUGUGGGAUCUAUAAAAGGAUUAUCACUGGAUUUAAUUCCCUAACAAUGGCUAAUACAAGGACCACCAAAAAUCUUGUCAAGGAUGCACUCAAGGAUGAGGAUGUAUUGGCCUACAUAAAAGGAGCUAUUAUGGAAGCCUUAGACUCCAAGUUUGAUGAACUUAUCAAACGUCUAGAUGCACAAGAUGGAUCAAUUAUGAAACUUCAUAAUAGGAUUAACAGUAUGGAGAGUAGUCUUGCAAACCUGCAAAAGAAGCAACAGAAGUGUGAGGAGAAAAAUAAUUGGUUAGAGAAACAGCUCAACGACCAGGAACAGUACUCAAGGAGAAACUGUAUUCGUCUGUUUGGAGUACCUGAGAAAGAGAACGAGAAAACAAGUGAAAGAGUCUGCGAAAUAGCACAGCAACAUCUUGGUGUCGAUCUGCAUCUACGUGAUAUUGACAGAAGUCAUCGUGUACCACGUCGUAAUGAACCUGUACCUAAUGAAAAAGGAGAAAUCAAACCAAGAGCGAUCAUUAUUAAACUGACAUCGUAUCAGCACAGGCAAAAUCUACUCAUGAACAGAAGAAAGUUAAAGAACACUAAAAUGAGUCUGCAUGAAGAUCUAACAAAGACUAAUCGCUCACUUCUGUGGGAGGCAACAAAAGCAAGUAAUCUGCAAGGAUCCAAUGUCCUAUCAGCUUGGUCGUCCAAUGGGAAGAUCAUUGUAUCGGUGAAAACUACCAAUGGACAUAUGAAGAGACAAAUAAACAGGAAAGAAGACCUCCCUGUCAUUGGCUAA